UUCGAAUGAUCGUGUGAGCUGGAUGGUUGUAAACGCGAUAAGUGUAGCUCUACAACUAGUAGGAGUAAUCGCCCUGAUCUAUUACCUAAGGCGCUUGUUUUGUUUAAAACGAGAAUAUAAAGAUACCAAAAGAAGCAAGAAGGAUGGGGUAUUCAUGGCAGUCGAAUGUAAAGGUAACGAUGAACCUGACCAAGAUACCAAAAGAUGGAAGACGGAUGGGAUAUUAACGACAGUCGGGUAUAAUGGUGGCAGUGAACCUGACAGAGACAGGAAGGAGAGCAAUUGGUGGUGUUCGUGUGGGAACUGUCCUGUGAUGCAGACUGAUGAAGAAAGCCUCUGUUGCCGUGAACUCACGAGAUGUAGGGAAAUCCAGACCAAUGGAUGUAUCGUCGAUUCUAAAGAAUUCAAAGAUGUUUGCCUUAAUAAAUCGCUUAUGAAUACGUUUCUCACUUUCAGGAGUAAAGACCAUAAAAUUCUAGGGAAUACGGAGAACCAAUCCUAUCGGUUUGCAGCUUACAGGCUUUGGUCAGAUUACGUACACGGAUCCAUGGGUAAAGGAGUUCGAAGGCCUCUUCCAGCGUGCGUGGUGACACGAGUGCGCCAAGAGUUCCCCGAGGAGACAGGUGUCUACGUUGGCUUCGAAUAUGGGAAUCGUGGGGAGAAGGAACCAAUGUGCCGCUUACCCGAACAAUGCAAUGAAGAACAUCCAGGAGACAGCAGCCUUAAUGCAGACACUGGAACCGAAUGACACUUUAUUCAACAUGUGGGUAUUAGGACAGGACUAGCGCAAGUAAAACUUGCUGUUGUGUUACCGCAUUCCUGCAUGGCUAGGAUAAGAGGCUCUUCUUGCGUUGACUGUGUAUUUUCAGUCAACAUUAUCAUGAUUAUCUAUUAUCUAUUAUUAUUAUUAUUGAGGGCGCAACGGCAAUCUCGGAAAUAGUUUUUUCACCGCGGCAAAUUUUGCUUAAAAUUCCGGAUUUGGCCGCGUCCACCAUCACUGUAAAUGUAAUCAUCGUUUUGGUGAGUGAUUCAGUAUUUCUAGCAGUCGUUGAUAUUAAAAUAUUAUCAGCCGUUGUUGGAGGACCCGAUAUCAUAUUAUUUUGCAUUUCUCAUCCGAAUACUGUAACGUAAAUAACGUGCGUCCAAGGCGUUGAAUCGGGGACCUUCCCCACUAGCCGAUCGUCUACAAUCCGCUGGCUUUUCAGCCGCUAUCAACGUUGGCGCCACCCACUGACCACGUGAUCACCAAUCGUAAGCCAAUGGGUUCCCACGGUAUAAUGCAUCUCUGCUUUUGGCUACUCAUUGUUCACCUCGCCCAUUCAGAAGCUUUCACCCGCUUCAUCAUUCCGCAGUACGUGAGAAAUGAAUGGCAGCAAAAGAACAAUGAAUUGAAAGAACGGAUAACGCCCAUUCACGAGGACUUAAGCCAUCGUAUCCUGACCCCAAAGGAGGCCGCCGAUUCUUUCAGUCGUACCGUCUUCGAUUACUUCGCUUUGCAAUCUGACUUCGUUCAAGAAAACAACUCCCAAGAAUAUGUCGAGCAUGAACCAAAAACCAUCGCCGAUGCGCGGAAAAGAAAAAACUUUCUUCGCCGAAAAGCAUUCAGCAAAGAAGGCACGGACGAGGACAGGACAAACUUCCGAUCGGCCGUUAAAGCAGUAUCUUUUUUGAAAAAGCGAUCUGACAAGAGGAAAGCCGAAAAGACCGCAGCUUACCAAGAAAAAAGAUACAGAAAUGACUUUUGGAACUUUUCGAAACAAGUGUGUAACGGAGACUUUAACAAAACUACGCCCACCAUUUCCUUCUCGAAAGAAAUCACGGAUGAGUACUACCCACGAAAAUAUUCUCAAACAGAGCAUAUUGACUUUAAUAGAUGUAUUUGGUUUCCCUACAUUGAUCUUAAUGAAUCAAACCAUGAUUUCGAUUUGACCCCGGUUACUCCUAAGCAAGUGAAAUUGGUAUUAAAUGCCAAGAAGGCAUUUUCUGCUCCCGGGCCAGACGGCCUUAUGUAUGGUUUGUAAAAAAAUAAUCCGUGUGUUCAUCAUUUUUUGGCCACCCUAUUUUCUCAACUUCUUCUCAAACACACGACCCCCCUGAGAGUUGGUCCCGUUGCCAAGUAGGCUCAUACACAAGGGCGGGGAUACCAAUAUACCAGAAAAUUUCAGAAUGAUCUCGUUAACUUCUUGUGUAAGUAAAGUUUUCCAUCAAUUACUAGCAAAUCGUUUAGUUGACUACUUGACUACAAAUAAUUACAUUGACCAUAACGUUCAGAAGGCAUUUAUUAAUGGUAUCAAUGGUUGUGUGGAACACAAUCAAGUCUUACAUGAAAUAAUGUCACAUAGUAAAGCUAGGAAACGCACUGUUCAUGUCACGUUCUUUGACUUAGCUGAUGCUUUUGGUAGUGUAUCUCACGAGCUAAUUUCCCAUUUUCUACGUCGAUUUCAUGUGCCUAAUAAUCUGUCAGUGUACAUUCGUAAUCUAUAUGGUAGAUUACAAGGUAAUGUAAAAGGCAAUAAAUGGUCAUCUGAAACAUUUAUGUUAAAAAAAGGUGUGUUCCAAGGAGAUCCCCUUUCACCUAUCAUCUUCUUGUCAUGUUUUAACCCCCUCAUUGAAUACCUCGGUCAAAUGAAAGAUAGUCUGCGAUAUGACCUGAAUGGUACCAGGAUCAUAACAACCCCGUACGCCGACGAUUUUAAUUUAAUAACCAAUAAUAAAGUACAACAUCAAAAGAUAAUUGAUCAGUUACAUUCAUACACAUCGUCGAUGGGACUUAAAUUAAAACCUGCCAAAUGUUGCAGUCUGUCAAUUUGUGGAGGUACCCCGAAAGAAAUCAAGUUCUCAAUCGGCACAGAAAGUAUUCGUUCAAUCAGAGAAAAGUCGCACAAAUUUUUGGGAUCAAAUAUUUGUUUCAAUGGCAAACCAGCUGAAGUAUAUUAUUUUUUCCAUAAGGAAAUUGCUGACAGAAUCCAAAGAGUAGACGAAUUAUCCGCACGUCCUGAGUUUAAAGUUGCCAUUUACUCACGAUACGUACUCAAUUCUAUCCGCUUUUUGCUCACAGUCCAUACAUUACAAAAAACCCAUUUAGAUAAACUCGACGUGCUAACCGAUAAAUACCUGAAAAAUUGGUUAGGUAUCCCUUCUCGAGGUGCCAACAUUGCUAUGGUCCACUUACCUCAAGGUCUCAAUAUCCAGAGACCAUCCGACAUUUACCGCCAAUCCCAAUCUACCGCUUUUAGCAGAUCGGGAGUUAAAGCAGAUUCAGUAGUUAAUCAAGCGAUUGACUCUGCUAUUGAAAGAGAGUCACAAUGGUCACGUAAACAAUCAACUGUCGUACAAUAUAACGAAACCCAUCGUAGAGUUGAAAAUGCUAUCAAUGUUGAGACUAGUCCAUGGCAUACUGUGAAGAGAACCGUUAAGAAGAUAAUAGAGGAAGACACGGUUAAAUAUUGGUCUGAUAGAGUGGAGCCACUCUUGGUCCAGUGAAAAUUUGCCUCCUUGUUAUUACUGCAAAAUGAAAACCUAACUUGGAAAUCUAUUAUGUUUAAUCUCCCAAAACGAGUUCUAAGUUUUGUUGUUAAUGCAUGUAUUGACUCUUUGCCCUCUUAUACAAACUUGCAUACCUGGGGUAAACGCCUAAAUGAUAAAUGUAUAUUCUGCCCUGGUACCACAGGCACCCUCCAUCAUAUACUCUCAAACUGCCCAGUCUUCCUUGAGAGAUAUGAGUGGCGUCAUAAUAACAUUUUUCAUGCACAAAACAUUUCUUGAAAAUCUGACUAACGGGAAUAUUUAUACUGAUCUAGAAGGGCAUUCAAUCGCCGGGGGCACCAUACCACCCCACAUACUCACAACCACUUUGCGCCCAGAUUUAGUAAUUUUACGGGAGGAUCAGAAAGAGAUAAUUAUCACCGAAUUAACAAUCCCAUUUGAAACCAACAUCGAUGAUGCACACCAAAGAAAAGGCACAAAGUAUGAGUCAAUCGUUAGGGAUAUCAAAGAAAAGGGGUACAUGGUGUCAUUCUACGCCGUAGAAAUCGGGGCAAGGGGCCUAGUAGACCGGAAUAAUAAACACCGCCUUAAAAAACUCCUCAGAACAACAAGCUCGAAAGUCCGACCAACCGAUUUUUUCCAUACCCUUUCUAAACUCGCCAUACUCUCCUCUUUUUCGUUAUUCUACGCAAGAAAAGAGCGAACCUGGGGGGUGGUACGUCACUUGGACCCGUAACUAUCCCCAAGGGCCCAAGAUUAUUUGCUUAACUAUGUUUUCUGUGUAAGGCAAAUGUACUUUACUAAUAUUACUUUCAUAAAUUUGUGAUGUCAGUAGCUAAUUAAAUUAAUUUGAAUACACAAAAACUUAUAAUGAUCACAUCCGUAUAUAUAAUGAUAAUAAUAAAGACGAUACUGUAGUGGAAAUUGGGUACAAAACACCUUUCGUAAGGUUGUCUGUACAUUUUAGGUUGUAUGCAGUAGUUGAUUAAUUCCAUUUUCAUAUCCAGCUCUGAUUUAGAAGACUGAUUGAGUGUUUUUUUUUUCCAACGUGAUAUCAACGACAGCUUUAACUAAUUUUUUUUCCUGCAUUUAUGUUACUCUAAAUAAUUCUCUAUAUUGGUAUAUAUACGUAUUACUUGUCUUGUAAUCCAUGUACUGACCUGCCAUUUGUUCGGAAUGGAAACGAUGGACCUGGUCUCUUUAUGUAUAUAUUGUAUAUCAGUGUCGUUGAACUUGAAUAAAGUCAUGAUGAAACAACAUUCUUUUUUUCUUUAAGAAAUGGUUUGUGUCUGAAAUGUCUCCUUUUUCUUAGUUUCCCUCUCACCCUACCAUAUCAAAAUAUAUCAUACAAUGAUAUAAUCUAUAAAUACGCACCCAAGGUAUCCAUUUAGGCGAUAUAUACCACAUAAUUCAUAUGGUAUAAUACUUUCUGUACACUUAUGAGUAUGAUUGUGCAGAACAAGUGCAUAUUUAUAUAUACAUUUUAAAACACAAGCUUAAGCUUAGUUAUGUAUAUAAUGUAUAUGACAGAUAUCGAUGUACUUUUCGAAGUAUACUGUAAUAUUUUUUUCAAUAUCCUGCUCGGAGAAUGAAUAUUUUGUUCUUAAUUUUAUUUUGUUUUUUUUUAAUUUACAGAACUUUGCAUAUUACUAUAGCAGACUUUUAAUGAUAUAAAUUAAACUUUGUUAUUUCGUUUACCCUUUUUUCGUUCGUUACACCCCCGUGAUAUUAGAAUUACACAAUGAAGGAGAAAUGGCAGCAUGAUGGAAUACUCCUAAUUAAUUUUUUCGGAGGAAAAUUUUUCCAAGCCCCCGCCCCCCCCAAAAAAAAAAAGGUUUUCAACGACAAAUUAAGAAUAUUUCGUUUUCAAUUUCAAAAGAGGCAUUUUUACAUUUUUAAUUUUGCUUCUCAAAGGGGGGGGGGGCACGUGCCCCCCCCCCUGGAUCCGCGCCUGCAUCCCCGGGUGAUACCCAAGUAAGCAGGGAUAAUCUGGACACGGUGUUAUCGGAGUGUGGCUGGGUGAGAUACACAAACACACACCGUGUUCAGAUCAUCUCCCGCUUUGCCGGGACAUCCGGGGGUGGGGGGGGGGGGGGGUGGCCGUACGUUUGAUCCAGCCCUUUGAAAUUUUAUAAUAAUUUCCUGUAGCUUCCUUGUGAUUAGGUUGAUCAUUAGAAAUGCCAAGGACAUGUGUAAUAAACUUGGAAGUUUGUUUAAUCCCAUCUCAUUGUCAUUGUCCUUUCUUUGCCAUUUUGUGACUUUGAAUUCUGAAACCAAUUAAUGUGACGGGCUACAGCCUUUAUGUAAUUGAAAACAUAUCUUAAUCACUGGUAUGUGAUUAGUACAUAUUAUUAUAGUUUGUGUAUAUUGUUAUAUCGCACUAAGUGCAGUGCCCUUUUGGAGUUUGAUUCGUUUAUUUUAGAACCCAUUUUAGAAAUUGUUUCUAUUCAUCAGAGUUGCUUUUGUGAAUUAAAAUUUCUGCAAGUUUGGAAUUAUUAUUGGAAAAUUAAAUUUGUAUUGCUGGCACUUACU